AAUUGUGAUGCGGUGACAGCGAAUGUCAGAAUGAAAGUUGACAGGUCAAAUUUUGGGAUUUUGUCGCACGUUGUUUGUCACCAAGAUUGAAAAAACGUAUUCCAGAUACCACAAUGUCAAAUGAACCAGAUGUCAUAAAAAUUAAUGCUCUCAAAAUAUUUAAUGGGACAUCAUCCAGCAACCAUUCAGAAACAAAGACACCGUUUUUGAUUGGAGUAGCUGGUGGUACAGCAUCUGGAAAAUCGACUGUCUGCAAGCGGAUAAUUGAACAGCUUGGACAAGCUGACAUGAACCAUGCAGAACGUCAGGUUGUUUGCAUAAGUCAAGACAGCUUUUAUCGUCAAUUGGAUUCUGGGGAAAAAGCCAAAGCUGAUAAAGGACUCUUCAAUUUCGAUCACCCGUCGGCGUUUGAUGAAGACCAUCUUCUUGAAACAUUGAAGAAAAUACUGGAAGGAAAGAAAGUCACUAUCCCGGUUUAUGACUAUAGGAGUAAUGCACAAUGUCCUGAUAAAGACCUGGUCAUUUAUCCAGCAGAUGUGGUUCUUUUCGAAGGUAUACUUGCCUUUUACUUCCCAGAUAUUCGCGAAUUGUUCCAUAUGAAAUUAUUUGUGGACACAGAUUCAGAUACACGUUUGUCACGAAGAGUUGUUCGAGAUAUUACAGAGCGUGGAAGAGACCUCGAACAGAUCCUGACACAAUAUAUGACCUGUGUAAAACCAGCAUUCGAAGAAUUCUGUUCGCCAACAAAAAAAUUUGCAGACGUAAUUAUUCCUCGAGGAGCUGACAAUACAGUCGCAAUUGAACUCAUUGUGCACCACAUUCGUGACACAAUUUUGCAGCCAAAAGGGUAUUUGAAUUGUCACAUUAAUGAAAGUAGUGAUAACGACGAUUUAAGACAAAAUGGUGUCAAAAGAGCAUAGGUCGAUGACACAGACUCGAAGAUCAUCAUUAACCCCACGUUGUAAUCAAAAUAAGUAUUGUUUAUAAUUAGCGUGUAAGCGCCCCAUCGGGUAACGAUUUUUAUAAGUUCACAUCUUUUUAACGAUUAAAUCCCUUGUGCAUUUGGAAGGAGGCUUUGGCUGAAAUUGCCAUAAUGAAGUUGCUUUAUAAUUGAUUUUCCAAAAAACAUACUUCAAAUUGCCAACGAUUAACAUAUAAGAAUAAAUAAAGAGUGAAAAGAAAAGGCUCAACUAGUCCUUCAAUAAACAUAUGGCGAUAACACAGAGUUAUUAGCUGUGCCUUUUUGUUUGAAUCGAACAGUUCAUUUUUACAUAUAACAGUUUUACCUUUUACUUAAAUAAACCAUUAGUUCAUUAGUUCAUAAUUGGUAUCAUAGUACGUAUGACCCCCGUGCUAAAUAAAUGUUCCAUUCUUCAAGUGAUUACGUUUUAAUUUUAUUGACUGUGACAACUAAUAUUCGUUACAGAUUUAUUUGAAUCCAUGAACACUAUUUUUUCAUCUCCCUGUAUGUUUAAUUAUCAAGAUGUCUUCUUUGUUCAAUGGGAACACAUGUAUUCAAAAAGCUCAUUUCAUAUCUCGACAGUUCACCUCAUGAAUUUUUGACGACUUGAAUUUCUGGAAUAGGGCCAAAAUCAAAUUUAUACUUACUAUAGUAAUAUAUUAAGAAUGCAGCGAAAACGGCUAGAAAUUCGAAAUUCAUAGAAUGAGCAACAUUAAAUUCAACGAGGACAAAGUAAUAAUGCAAAUUAUAAUUUUUCCAGUUUUUGGUUGAUAAAACAAUAAUCCCAACUUUGCUAACGCCAAUCCAAAAAUGUAUUUCUCUUAUUCAGCGAUCAUAAUUGCAUGGGAUGUUUUAUAGUUGCAUGAAGAUAAUGUUUUAUGGUUGUUCGAACAUUCUGAAUGAUUAUUACUUCCGCAAUUGUUAAGGUUUUAAUGUCCUCGGCAUCAAAUAUUCAGCACAUUUUUUUUGAACGUUUCUUUUGUUGGACAAUCGAAAUUGUUUACUCAAAAUAUUUGUAAUUAUUUCUUUCUCUACAUCAGCUGAGUGGUAAUAUAUCUUAUUUCUGAAUAAUACCAUAUAAAAUCUCAUGUUAAUAAAGUUAUAACAAAUAAAUGACUUCUAUAUGAAUACGUUCACUCAGUAUUCGAUUACCAAUAUUAAUUUUGAAUUUUUAGUUUGUAUCAAGCGAAUGUGUUUGUUUUCAUUUAUGAUUUGUAUUAUUACUUAGAAACUUCAAAUACGAUGCAAAUCUAAGUUGUUUACAACAAAUGUAAUAAUGGUUUAAAUCUUCAAAUAGAAUACAUGUAUAUCAAAUACUUUUGCCCAAUUUCUGGCAAAAGUAUUUACUUUAGUUUCGUAAGUUCGAGAGAGUUUUUAAGAGAGAAAAAAUGAAAAGGUUUAUUAUAGUUAAUGAAGCGACGAAAGAAUUAACAGCUUCUGAUAGCUUUUUCUAAACCGUGAACCAUAAACGAUAGAAAAUGUUUUUUCUUUGGCAGUUGCAAUUGAGUUGAUCGUGCAGCAUAUUCGUGAUUUCUUAAACAACCACGGUAGAAGUAUCGAAAAUGAAAUACAGUCUAACAAAGCUCAGACUAAUGAAGAAACUGAAGAAGGUGGAUCGACAUCAACACCGACUACACCGGUUCACGGUAAGAAGAAAAUUGAGUCACAUCCGCAUAAUAUGCACCGACCACAUUGAAAUUAUGUUCUAUUGAAAUAGAUUUUUUUGAGUGCUUUGAUUUUAUUACAUGGCCGAUCAUUACGGCAACGCGAUUUAUGCACUCAUUCACUAUAAAGAAUGGCAAAGUCGCAAAAUAAUAAUUCACCGGAUAAAUAGCAAAAAUAUUAAUAAUUAAAAUAUUCUUGAUCAAAUAUAAGAUCUUAUUCUGCUCAAUAUCGUUAUCAUAACUUUUAACUUGUAGAUGAUACAAAAAAAUCAAUUGAGGAUCUGAAAUAUGUUUUUUCCUUCUAAACGGCACUUUCACCAAUUCAAAAUUGUUCUAUUUUAUAACAAUAUCAAUAAAUAAAUUUAAAAAAAAAACAAA